GACUGGCCGGCGCCUCCCGCGGAGCGACCCGGAGGAGCGCGGACCUGGAGUGACCGGCUGGUCUGAGCGCGGGCAGUGCCUCGCCUGCCCGGAAGGAGCCAGGCGUGUGCUCUCCAGGUGGAGGACCCCGUUAUCCGCGCGCCCCGAGAGCAGCGCCCCCAAGUCCAGGGCUCGGCCACGCGGAGGCGCCGGGGGCGAUGCGCCAUCCCCUCCUGGACGUGUUUGCCGAGGCCGAGAAACAUGGGCGGCGGCGUUGACCGCCUGGAUGCUGGCCCCUCGGGGAGGACAGACCCAGCCGUGAUGGAGAAGGUGCCUCCCCUGCCGCCCCGCCCGCCGAGCCCGCCGAGGCCCCGCUCCUAGACCGAGGUCUUGGCUGUGGACGUGGCGGGAGCAGCCAGCCUCCGCCUCCCGCAUGCAUGUGCGCCCGGAGGCGCAGGGGUCCAACGGGGACCGGUCCGCAUGGCGCUCGGGGGGCUGCGUGUGGCCAGGGGUCCCACCAGGAAGGGCGCGGGCCAUGCGCGCGCUGGCCGGUCUCUGGGUCCUCGGCCUCCUCACCUGCGGCCACCUGUCCCGGACCCGCGGCCGCGAGGAGGGCCAGGAGGCUGCACACAGACCCGAGCCGGGCGCCCCAGCCAGCGCCCAGCCGCACCUCGUCUUCAUCCUGGCCGACGACCAGGGCUUCCGGGACGUGGGCUACCACGGCUCGGAGAUCCGCACGCCCACGCUGGACAGGCUGGCGGCCGAGGGGGUGAAACUGGAGAACUACUACGUGCAGCCCAUCUGCACACCCUCCAGGAGUCAGCUCAUCACGGGCAGGUACCAGAUCCACACGGGCCUGCAGCACUCCAUCAUCAGGCCCGCGCAGCCCAACUGCCUGCCGCUGGACCACGCCACGCUGCCGCAGAAGCUGAAGGAGGCGGGCUACGCCACGCACAUGGUGGGCAAGUGGCACCUGGGCUUCUACAGGCGGGAGUGCAUGCCCACCCGCAGGGGAUUCGACAGCUUCUUCGGUUCCCUGCUGGGCAGCGGUGACUACUACACUCACUACAAGUGUGACGGCCCCGGGGUGUGUGGCUACGACCUGUAUGAGGACGACCACGCCGCCUGGGACCACGACGAUGGCGUGUACUCCACGCACAUGUACACGCGGAGGGUGCAGCAGAUCCUGGCAGCCCACGACCCCAGGAAGCCUCUGUUUCUCUACGUUGCCUACCAGGCCGUCCACUCGCCGCUGCAGGCGCCCGGCAGGUACUUCGAGCACUACCGGUCCAUCGCCAACACACACCGACGCCGGUACGCAGCCAUGCUCUCCUGCCUGGACGAGGCUGUCGGCAACGUGACCCUGGCCCUGCGGGCGCACGGCCUCUACAACAACAGCAUCCUCAUCUACUCCUCCGACAACGGCGGCCAGCCCUCCGCCGGGGGCAGCAACUGGCCCCUCAGGGGCAGCAAGGGCACCUACUGGGAAGGGGGCAUCCGGGCUGUGGGGUUCGUGCACAGCCCCCUCCUGAGGCAGCGGGGCACGGUGUGCAGGGAGCUGGUGCACAUCACCGACUGGUACCCCACGCUGGUGGCGCUGGCCGAGGGGCACAUUGAUGAGGACGCUCACCUGGACGGCUACGACGUCUGGGAGGCCAUCAGCGAGGGCCUGCGCUCGCCCCGUGUGGACAUCCUGCACAACAUCGACCCUGUCUACACCAGGGCCAAGCACGGCUCCUGGGCGGCGGGCUACGGCAUCUGGAACACGGCCAUCCAGUCGGCCAUCCGCGUGCAGCACUGGAAACUGCUCACGGGGAACCCCGGGUACAGCGACUGGGUGCCCCCACAGGCCUUCAGCAACCUGGGCCCCAACCGCUGGCACAGUGAGCGGGUCACCUUGGCAACGGGCCAGAGCGUGUGGCUUUUCAACAUCACGGCCGACCCCUAUGAGAGGGUGGACCUCUCGAGCAGGUACCCCGGCGUCGUGAGGCAGCUGCUCCGCCGGCUGUCACAGUUUAACAGGACAGCAGUGCCCGUCAGGUAUCCCCCCGGGGAUCCCAGGAGCAACCCUCGGCUCAAUGGGGGGGUCUGGGGGCCCUGGUACAAAGAGGAAAGCAAGAAGCAGCCAUGCAAAAAGAAGGCUGAGGGGAAGCAGAAGAGAAGGAAGACGAAGAAGAGGCUGCAGGAGGCAGGCUCGGGUCCCCAGUGCCGACCAGGUGCUCCUUGGGGGUGACAGUCCUCAGUCUGUCACCUGUUUGCUCUACAGAAAGCAAAUGUGGCUUCACAUUUCCCACCACAGCGUCAGACCUUUCUUCACACCCGGUCACAGGCCACUGGGGCCACCUGGCCAUCCCCUGGGGCCCUUCUGCUGGGUGCCCGAGGUGCUGCUCCUGAGCCAUCCUCAGGGGACACAGGGAUCUCCACCUCCCUGGCUCCUUAAAAGGCAGUCGUGGCCUUAUGAGCUCCCCCACUGUGCUUCAGCCGGUGGCCAACACUGUGCUUUCCGUUCUAACGGGACGGGAUGCUGACCUGCCGCAGCGCCUGCUCCCCUGACGGAGGGACUGGGCGUCCAGUUAAAACUGCCUGUGAGAAGGACAGCCAAGGCUGGUCCCCCUCCCAGGCUUUGAGAAAUAGAUUUGUUGUUGUUGUUAAUCCUCACCCCAGGAUAUUUUUCCACUGAUUUUUAGAGAGAGUAGAAGGGAGGGGGACAGACAGAGAAACAUUGAUGUGAGAGAGAUAUAUCGACGAGUUGCCUUCUGCAUGCAAGCUUACAGCUGAGGUACAUGUGUGCCCUUGACCGGAAUCGAACCUGGGAACCUUCAGUCCUCGGGCUAACACUCUAUCCACUGAGCCACACUGGCCCGGGUAAGAAAUACAUUUGCUGAGUGAGUUUCUGCAUGUUUGUCACGGAGCACUUGGGUUUGUGAGUUAACUCUAUUUCCCGAGCCCUUCCCUUUCCCAGGAAAACCAGCUGCCUUGCUCUGGUGGAGCCGCGCUCUCGGCACCCGCAGGGGCAGCCACUAAGCACAUAUGAGCAGCCGCCCGAGCGCCGUGUCCCUGUGUGCUCAGCACCUUCCUGGAAGAUGUUUCAGCACAGGCCCGUCAUGUAUGUUUACAGAAAAAACACUAUUUUGUUUUCAUAAAGUGUUACGUAAAUGACUCUUAAUUAUUUUAUUUUUAUUUUCUACACACCAUUAGAAGAAUUUUAUUGCAUAUCUUCAAGAUUAACAAGCACUGUAAUACUAUAAAUUACUGUAACAUGGUGUGAAUUCAGAGAAUAUAAAAAGAAAAUGAUAAUGAUCAUUGUUCAGCCAUUAUUUUGAAUGUACUAACAUGAACAUAUUUCUCACAAAUUACUGGGAAAUUCAGUGUUUGUACAGAGCUGAGAGACAUCUUUAUUGUUUCCAUAAUAAACACCUUAUUUAUGUAUCUUAAUUAUUAAAAUGGUUUAUUUUAUG